AUCAAAAGUAUUGGGUUCAUCAAAUAAUCAUUCUUACAUUAUUAUGUAUACUCCCUCCGCCUUCUAUUAUUUGAAAUAAAGAAAGAAGGAUGAUCGAGUAUUCAAUUGGGUGAGUGUGGGGUCUAACUUUAAGUAAGUUGAGUCUACCGCAGAAAUACAAAAUAGGGUCAUGGCGGUUGAUGAUCUACAAACACAACUAUACCGCGCUCUUUGCAGAAAUAACAACGACGAUGUGAUUGAGCUUUGCAGUAAGACAACAGAAGGUCCGUUACACUAUUGUACCAUAAACAAUUCAACCGUGUUACAUUUAGCAUGUUACUCAAAAAAAUAUGAUUUAGCAAAUAAACUUUUUGAUGAUUUGCCUGAGAGUUUAAUCAGCAUAUUACCUGAGAGACUGAAUGCUUGGGGAGACACCAUACUACACGACGCAUCGACCUCGAAUAAAGGAAUUGAACUCGUGAAAAAGCUGGUGCAGAAAGUACCUGAAUUGCUGCAGGCGCGUAACAAAUUAGGCGAGUCUUCUGUGUUCAGGGCUACUCGUUAUGGAAGGAGGAUAACCUUUGAGUUUCUUGCAGAGGAGGUGAAUAAAUUCUGUGAGUUACACAAAGAGUUUGACCACCUCUACUUCUUUCAGAGAGAUGACUGCACUACCAUUCUUCAUAUGGCUAUCCUUACAAGAAAUUUUAAUAUGGCGCUUAUGAUAGCAAAGAAAUAUCCCUAUCUUUGUGGUAUACGAGCUCAAAAUAAGAGGACUGCUCUGCAAAUACUUGCAUGUACUCCAGCAGCAUUCAAAAGUGGAACAGAAUUUGGGCUCAUAAAGGAACUUGUUUACUCAUUGGUUGAUGAUCAAGGUACUAUUGAAGCAGUGAGUGUAGUUGAGAAAAUCGUUACAUUCAUUCUAGGCAUCGGGUGCUGGAUAAUACCCAUGGUAGAAGAAAUUAGAGAGGUGAAAAAGAGCCACAAGAAUGCACUAAACCUCGCCAAGAUUUUGAUUCAAUUCGACUCUUCUUGGAAGCACACACAUGAGCCUAGUGCUGAGGUAACACCUGAUAUAAUGGGUGUUAUUCCUAUAAUUAGUGAUGAGUCUAGAGAAGAGGGUAGUACUCCUUCAAGAAUGUCACCAUUGAAGGAAGGAAUAAAGGAUGGAACGACAGCAUUAGUAGAGAGCUCCAACCGACAAGUUGAGUAUGACAUUGAAGGCGGAGAAAUUCCUAACAGAGGUGCUACUUACGACAAUGACGAAGCUCCGUUGUUGUUAGCAGCUAGGAAUGGGUGUAUUGAGAUUGUGAAAGAGAUAUUGGACAAGUUUCCUCAGGCAGUGAACUAUCUAAAUCAUAGUCAAGAGAAUGUGUUACAUGUAGCCAUCAAGAGUCGUAACUUGAAAAUUUUCCAGCUUGUUGAACAACAAGUUUCCCCUCAUAGAAGCUUAUUAGAAGGUGUUGAUAAUAAAAAUAACUCAAUCUUACACAUGGUUGGAUGCCCAAGGGAGGUUCUUCCUGGUACUAAGAUGACAAGCCCGGUGCUUCAGUUGUCUGACGACUUGCUGUUGUUGGAGCAUUUAGAAGAGAUAUGUCCAAAUUACCUGGUGAACCACCGGAAUGAUCAAAUGAUGACUGCAGAUGAACUGUUCGCCAUGAACAAUGAACAAAUUCGUAAUGAAGCCAAAGAUUGGCUAAAGCGUACUGCAGAAAACAACACAGUGGUUAUCAUUCUCAUUGCUACAGUUUCCUUUGCUGCUGCUUACACAAUACCAGGAGGUACAGAUCAAAAUACAGGGUAUCCGCUCCUAAUUGGGCUGCCUUUUUUCCUAGUCUUCACCAUAUCAGAUGUUCUUUCACUUGGUUUCGCUUUGACAGCAGUAGUCGUGUUCCUGGCUAUACUCACAUCGUCUUAUCAGCUAAAAGACUUUCGAAGAUCUCUUCCACAAAAGCUGUUGCUGGGUUUUACCCUUCUGUUCUUAUCAGUGACAAUGAUGAUGGUGGCAUUUGCAGCAACUAUUCUUCUCAUGCUAAAUAACAAAGCGCGAUGGACUAAGAUUGCACUUUAUAUUGUUGCUUUCUUUCCUAUUUGUAUCUUUGUGCUAUCUUAUAUCCCUCUUUACAUAAAACUUGCUGAAGCUGUGUAUUACUGGGUUAAGAAGAUUGGUAAGUCUCUUCCUAGGCUUGUGUGUGUUUCAAGGCGUGCACGGAAUGCUGCUUUCAGGAGAGUGUGAUUUUCAUCAGCAAGCAAUAUAGUACCUGUAAUGUUUUCUACCUUCUUAUUAGUCUCUCAUGAGUUGUAGUAAAAUAAUUAAAGAUGUUGUUAAUGUGUAUUUUUCAAAAAACAAAUCUAUUUGCAUUCCUUCGAUCUAUAUACAAAACAAUUUU